GCCGGGGCAGCGGCCGAAGCGAGAGCCCCAUGCCCCGGGCGGGCUGAGGGAUCCGAAACCCAGAGUGGAGCCUCGGCCCGGACAGGUCCCAUUAGAGCGACAUGAUGGUGGAAUCCGCCUCGGAGACAAUCAGGUCGGCCCCGUCCGGUCAGAACGGAGUCAGCAGUCUCUCCAGCCAGAGCGAUGGUGGCGGUGGUGGCGCUGGAGCCGCAGGAACUGUGACAGGAGCAGGAGGAGGAGGAGGAGGAGGAGCAGGGAGGGAUGGAGGAGCAGGCGGGGAGAGCAACGGCGAGAUGAGCCCUGUGGAGCUCUUGCACUUUCAGCAGCAACAGGCUCUCCAAGUAGCCCGGCAGUUCCUGCUACAACAAGCCUCAGGCCUGAGCUCUCCUGGGAACAAUGACAACAAGCAAUCGGCAGUACAGGUGCCGGUGUCUGUGGCCAUGAUGUCACCUCAGAUGAUCACCCCCCAGCAGAUGCAGCAGAUCCUGUCACCUCCUCAGCUCCAGGCCUUGCUGCAGCAGCAACAGGCCAUCAUGCUUCAACAGUUACAGGAAUAUUACAAGAAACAACAAGAACAGCUUCAUUUACAGCUCCUCACCCAGCAGCAAGCUGGGAAACAGCAACCCAAAGAGGCACUUGGGAACAAGCAGCUGGCCUUCCAGCAGCAGCUCCUCCAGAUGCAGCAGCUGCAACAGCAGCACCUGCUGAACCUGCAGAGACAGGGUCUGGUCAGUCUGCAGCCCAGCCAGGCAACAGGACCCCUCCAAACUCUCCCGCAAGCCGUGUGCCCAUCCGACCUGCCCCAGCUGUGGAAGGGAGAUGGGGUGGCUGCCCAGCCAGCAGAAGACAGCGUGAAGCAGGAGGGGUUGGACCUCACCACAGCAGCAGCCACCGCUACCUCGUUUGCUCCCCCUAAGGUCUCACCCCCCCUCUCCCACCACACCCUCCCCAAUGGGCAACCCACUGUGCUCACACCUCGACGAGACAGCUCCUCACAUGAGGAUACCCCUGGCUCCCAUCCCCUCUAUGGUCAUGGGGAGUGCAAGUGGCCAGGCUGUGAGACCCUUUGUGAAGACCUGGGGCAGUUUGUCAAACACCUCAAUACAGAACAUGCACUUGAUGACAGAAGCACAGCCCAGUGCCGGGUCCAGAUGCAGGUUGUCCAGCAGCUGGAGAUACAGCUAGCCAAGGAGAGUGAGCGACUUCAGGCGAUGAUGGCCCAUUUGCACAUGAGGCCUUCAGAACCCAAGCCCUUUAGCCAGCCGCUGAACCUGGUGUCAGGCUCCUCACUCUCCAAGGUGACUGUCUCAGCAGCUGAUUCAUUCCCGGAUGGCCUCGCCCACCCCCCCACCUCAGCUGCCGCCCCUGUUACUCCCUUACGCCCCCCUGGCCUCAGCUCUGCUACUCUGCACAGUGGGGGCCCUGCCCGCAGGAGGAGUAGUGACAAGUUCUGCACCCCCAUCUCCUCUGAACUGGCCCAGAAUCAUGAGUUCUACAAGAAUGCAGAUGUCCGACCUCCCUUUACCUAUGCGUCCCUCAUCCGACAGGCCAUCCUGGAGACCCCUGACAGGCAGCUUACUCUGAAUGAAAUCUACAAUUGGUUCACCAGGAUGUUCGCCUAUUUCCGGAGGAAUACAGCCACCUGGAAGAAUGCUGUCCGACACAACCUGAGCCUACACAAGUGCUUUGUGCGAGUAGAGAACGUCAAGGGCGCCGUGUGGACAGUGGAUGAGCAUGAGUACCAAAAGCGGAGACCACCAAAGAUGACAGGGAGUCCAACUCUGGUGAAGAACAUGAUCUCGGGCCUCAGUUAUGGAGCACUUAAUGCCAGCUAUCAGCCUCCAGUUCUUUCCAAUUCUUGUGUAUGGAGCUGGGGGAGGGGGACAGGAGGGAAGAUUGGCCCUGAUUGCCUCUCCCCUCCAGUACAGGCUGCCCUGGCCGAGAGCAGCUUCCCCCUCCUCAACAGCCCAGGCAUGCUGAACCCAGGCUCUACCAGCAGCCUCCUGCACCUCGGACAUGAGGAUGUGAGCAGUACUGUAGAGCCCCUCACCAGCAAUGGCAGCAUCAGCCCCCCACGCCUCUCCCCACCCCAAUACAGUCACCAGGUGCAGGUGAAGGAAGAGCCAGCUGAAGCGGAGGAGGACAGUCGGCCUGGGCCCGCCCUGGGCCCCGCCAACCCCAGCACCGGGGCUCCCCCGGAAGACAGGGACCCAGAAGAGGAUCUGCCUGGGGAGGAACUGUCGUAAGGGCCUCUGGGGGAGGGGCAGGCAGGGGAGGAAGGGGGUGAACACUCCCCCCUUCCCCUCCCCAGGCUCUCACCUUCCCCUCCACUCCACGCCCCCUUCUGCCCCCACCUCGAGGCCCUUCCGGGACAGCAGAUUGGGGUGAGGCUUCUGUGCCAUCCCACCUGUGACUGACGGACUCUGCCUGGCAGAGAUGGCCCCCUUCCCCCUCCAUUGACCAACGGCUGGUGGUCUAGAACUGGUGGAAGAGCCAGGAGAGUGUGGACCUCCAGUACCUGACUUCAGUCUGUGUCCAAGCACCUCCCUCCCUCUCCCCGACCCCCUGACUUCUGCCCUCCAGUCCAUCCUCUCACCAUGACCACCACCAGCAGGACUCUCCCCGCCACCUUUGCUUUCUGCCCCCUUCAACACUGAGACCCGCAGGCGGGGCUGACAAACCCCCAUUCCCACCAAGGCAGCAUUUGUCCCCUCCUUCCCCGCCCCGACCUUGACCUUGUACCCUCUUCUCUAACAAGCCCAGGACAAGGCAACCUUGUCAAAGGAUUUAGAGCUAGAAGGGGCCAGAGAGAUGAUUUAGUUUCACCCCCUCAUUUGGCAGAUGAGGAAACUGAGGCCCAAGAAAAGGGAAGUGACUUGCUUAAAGCCACACAGACAGUAAGCAGCAAAGUCAGGAUUUGAACCCAGGUCUUCUGAUUCCAAGUCCGGUCCACUUUCUCCUCCCCGGUACUAUACAAGGCAUCCUUCUUCCAUACUGUGAAUGAUCAACACCGGCCACCAGCCUCAUGGGGAAAGGGGAGCCUAGAGCGUCUCAGACUCUACCCCCACCCCCCAGACAAACCAGUUCUCCCUUCCCUGUGUAUCCAGCAGCCUCAGGUUGCACACGGGUGAAACCAGCUGGGGCUCUGGAACUGAAAGCAGCUUCAAGAAGGGGACUAUUGAUGGAAAUCCCCUGCGUGAGGAUCAGGCCUCCCCAAGGGGGGCAGGAUGCUGUCUCGCUCACACCUUCCUGUGUCUUUGCUGUAAUUGUUGAGCUCUGACUCUUGCCAUCUCAAGUCAAACAGGGGCUGAGGGCCCCAUCUCCACUGUAACCCCCCUUGUACCCUGCCCUCUUAUGAAGAGCGGGCAGUAUUGAGGGUCUAGAAGGAGAGAUAUGGGGACGAGGAGUGGGGUUGGGAAUAGAUUAUUUGCCCUCGAGGAGAAGGGGGAAGAGGGAAAAUGUCCCUAAGACUUUGGUAUUCACCCAUGGAACUGAAGGUUGGUUCCACACUUGUGGAGGGGGAAAAUUCUCUGGCAUCCACUAGGUGUCCCCGUGGAGCUCGCUGCUGCAGCUGGUCGGCUGAGGGAGGAAGUGUGCGCCUCAGCCUCCCGUGGCGUUAGAAGAGGCUUGUGUAUGUGGGGCGGGGUCUGGGGAGGGCGGGGGAGCAGGCUAGUUGCCAAGGCCAGAGGAAUGGGUUACCUCUUCCAAAGCUCUCCCUCCUAAUCCUUCCCCCGCCCCCUGCCCCCCUCCAUUUCACAGCCCCUCUCAAUUCCCUCUCCUCUUCUUUCCCCAUUUAAACAGAUGACCAAAGACCUUUCUUAUGCCAGAAGCAGAAACCAAAACUUUUUGUUUGCUUUUUUUCCUUUGUCACCCCUUGCCCUCCAUUCCUGAUCUGACAUUCUGCCCUCACCCCCAUGACUCCCUCACCCCCCAGUCUAGAUGCUGGAGGGAGGGGGGUCCCCUCCACUUAAGUUAUUGUUUUAAACCAAAGUUGACAGUGUCUGUUGGUGGCCAUGGCUUUCUUCCACACCCCAGUCUUCAGCUGCCCACAGAAGGGGCCUGGGGACAGGCUUCCCUGCACACCUCACUUCUACUCUCGUUCCCUCCUCAUCACUCUGUUCCUAGGCUGUCCUUCCUCUUCCCCUCUCACUGGGGACUUGGGAUCUGAGGGGAAGGGAGGGCUCAAGUGCGAUGAACUCCCUUUGGCCCCCUGGGGCAACGGUGGCUGUCUCCAAGGGCCUCUAGAGGGAAGGGCCAGUUAUAGGUUGCUGUUCUUGCUUCCCCCUCUACCCUCCACCUCCAGUCAGUAUUGUGUCCCAGCCAGCCAGCCAUUCCUCUUGAUCACCCUCUAGUGCCCACCCCAGGCUGGUCCCUGGUGUGCCCAUCAUCAUACUCCUACCACUGCUAGGGCUGGAGACACAAAGGUGGAGGGCUGUAUUCUGAGGGUUUACUGGGGAGAGAGCUGAAGCAGGUAAAGGGGCAACCAGAUGUCAUUCCUUCCCCCCACUAUGGGGGAUUCCAACUUCAGGUGAAGGGCAAGGCUGCUAUGUCUGACACCCACCCUGCCCCUAGACUAGUCCCUCUGAUAGGGACAGGACCAGGAAGGGGUUGGAGAGGGACUUGAUGGUCUAUUGCCUAGAAAAGACCCAGUCACCACACACAGACUGUGAUCCUCACAAGUCCUCAGUAGGAUUUGGGUGGCAGAAGGUCCCUGGUGCCUGUUAACCAUGAUCCUCAUCCCAGUUUGUUCCUUGCCCUCUGACUUGUGCAGAAAUAUUAAAUGCCCUCUGCUCUUAGGCCCUCA